AUGUCUUACGGUAACUACGGACCCCCACCUGGCGGAUAUGGAGGACCUCCACCACCACCUGGUGGCUACGGUGCACCACCCCCAGGAGGCUAUGGUGCACCUCCACCACCUGGAGGAUAUGGCGCUCCUUCAUAUGGUGGAGGAUUUGCAGCCCCUGGCCCGCGCGGCGCGCCCCCUGGAGCUGAUCCCCAGCUCUGGAACUGGUUCUCCACCGUCGAUACCGACCGAUCCGGUGCGAUUACCGCUACUGAGCUCGAGCGGGCUCUUAUCAACGGAGAUUGGACUCCGUUUGACCUUGACACCGUCAAACUUUUGAUGUCAAUUUUCGACACCGACCGCAGUGGAACAAUCGGAUUCAAUGAGUUCUCAGGUCUUUGGAAAUAUGUCAAGGACUGGCAGAAUGUGUUCAAGCACUUCGAUCGUGACCGCUCGGGCACCAUCGAUGGUGGAGAGCUGCGUGAGGCUCUUGGCCAGUUUGGAUACAACCUAAACCCCCAACUUCUUGACCUCGUUCAGAAGAAAUAUGCCAAUCAAGCCACUGGACGUGGAGUCCCUGCCCCUGGCAUUUCGUUUGAUCGCUUUGUCCGCGCCUGUGUCGUCGUCAAGCAGCUCAGCGAGGCAUUCCAGAAGCUCGAUACCGACCGCGAUGGCUGGAUUCAGAUCAACUAUGAUCAAUUCAUGCACACCGUUCUCAGCCUUCCUUGA